AUGGCAAUCCUCCAAUCCGUGCUGUCCGAUGAUAGAGCGUUGCUCAAGGGCCUGUCCCUGAUCGCUGGAUGUCUUGUGCUCAUCGUCACCAUCAGCUCCUGGGUCCAUUCCGCACGCUCCCCCAUCAUCGGCAACCUCAACGAGAUACCACCCCAGCAUUCGUGGCUCAAGUUCAAAGAAUGGGCAGAUGAAUAUGGGCCUAUCGUUCGAUUGAGGCUCAUUGGUCAAGAGCAUGUCGUGCUUUCGACCGAAAGAGUCGCCAAUGACCUCCUGAGAGAGCGCGGAACUCAGUAUUCGUCCCGUGAGCAAACUGUCAUGGCGGCGCAGCUUUUGUCGGGAAACCUGAGGCCGCUUUUAUUGCCCUACAAUGAUCUUUGGAGGCGCGUCCGCAAAUUGAUGCACCGCUUAACGAUGCCGAGUGCCGCCAUUUCUUAUGAGCCAGCUCAAUCCCUCGAGUCCAAGCGCACGCUCUACAGCCUCUUGCGGGACCCUUCAAGAUACCAAGAAAUUUUCGAGCAGUAUUCGGGCGGCCUCGUCUUCAGGAUCGGCUACGGCAAGGCCAUCAUCACCGGGAAUGAGAGUCAGCUCCGCCGUAUUCUCGAGGUCGCCCAUAAUGUAGAGCGUAUCGCCUCACCAGGGGCCUAUCUUGUCGACACGGUGCCCCUCCUAAACUACCUUCCCGAACCAUUAGCGCCUUUCAAACGCGAAGCCAAGCGACUUCAUGCUCUCGAGCUAGGCCUUUUCCGAGAGCUAUUAGAGGACACAAGAGCUGCGAUGAGGGCAGGCACAGCGAAACCAAGUUUCGCACAAACCUUCCUCGCAGAACAGGAAAAGUUCGACCUCAGCAAUGAUGAGGGUGCGUAUGUUCUCGGGACGCUCUUCGAGGCCGGCAGCGGGACCACCGCGGCAGCCAUGAUGAGCUUCUGCCUCGCCAUGACUUUGCACCCUGAGUGGCAGAAGCCCAUGUGGCAAGAGCUAGACGCGGUCUGCGGUGAUCGGAUACCAGAGUUCGACGACAUUCCCCAGCUCCCAACCGUUCGUGCUGUCAUCAAGGAGGUGCUCCGCUGGCGUCCCGUGACCGCGGGAGGCGUCCCGCACCAGCUGACGCAAGACGACGUAUACGAUGGCAUAUUCUUGAAAGCCGGGACCAUUGUCCAUGCAAAUCAAUGGGCCAUCCAUCGGGAGGAGGCUCUCUAUCCGGAGCCGGAGCGCUUCAACCCGGCUCGGUGGCUGACCCCUGGCUAUCCAACUUACCGGGAGCCGCUGACCAAGUUCCCAUCCCUUCAGAACUACUCGGCCUUUGGCUUCGGGAGACGCAUCUGUCCCGGUAUGAACAUUGCCGAGCGCUCGCUCUACAUCUUGACAGCAAGAAUAGCAUGGGCCUUUGAGUUCUCUAAGAAGCGAGGACCUGGAGGACAAGAGAUAGACGUGCCGCUGUAUGAUUAUGUCAGCGGCUUCAACACACAACCCAAGCCCUUUGCGUUUGACCUCAAGCCGCGCAACGAACUUCGAAAGACUAUAGUUGAGCAGGCCUGGAAGGAUGCCGAGGCAAGUGACCCUUUACGAGGCCCGUCGUCCUAA